AUGAAGUCUAUCAGAAAAAAAUGGAAAUAGGGCAAGUUUUAGAAGAUCUAAAAUGUUUUCUAAAACAAAAAUCAAAACACAGAAGAUUAGGACGAAGAAGAUGUCGAAGAAGAAAGCUAGUUGAAUUUAUUGUAGAGAUUGUAGAGUCAAUAAUCUAAAACUAAAGAUUUAGCUUUAAUUACAUUGGCAAACAUCAGUCACGGCAGUCCUUAAGACAUAAUCAAUAUCUGCAUCGAAUAGCCAAUAUUACUUUAGCUCAUAACUAUUUUAGAUGACAAAUCACCUUUCACAGUAAUCCACGAUUUGAAUGCAAUCACUAAUUUAUUGGGAUUAGAGUAUUACACUAAGGAAUCUAUGGGUUAGUAACUCAACAUUUCUUCUUUCUUGUUAGAAAAAAGCUUGCUAGUUAAAUUAGAAAAACUGAUUAUCACUGUAAAGAAUCACUUAUCUUUGUAAACUAUCUCAAACGAUGAUAAACUUUAGAGUUUGAAAAUUCUACAAACUAUUUACGAACUCUUAACUUGUUUGAUAGAAAAUGUUUAAGAAAGAUACCUCAAGUUAGUUACAGAAUCUCCACUUUCAUAAGUUUUCAUCAGAACUGCUCUAGAAAUUAUCAGCUAGAUUUAAGACUUUGAUCUUUUGGCUACAAUAUUGAGCUAUAUCCAAGUUCUUACUGAAGUCUCUGGCUAGAUUUGCAUUUUAGUUAUCGAAAAUCACGAGUUAAUGGAAGUUUUUGCCAAGAUACUAAGAAGCAACAAUUUGAAUGACUUAAAAUUCAAAUCAUAAGUAGUAAGCAUCCUUUAUAAUGUACUCACUACAUGCGACGAUAGACUUAAUGAAGAGUUCCAAGUAGUAUUGACAACUAUGUGCGACUACAUUGUACAAACUAUGAGUAUUAAAAUAUUCUAAGAAGUUUCAAACCUCUAAUCCAUAAUGUCCAACAAUAUUUCUGGAUUACUUUCACAAAUAAAAAAUGAUGAAAAUUUAGAUGAAAAUGAAAACGAACAAGAAGAAGUUCAUGAUAAAGAAUUAGAAGAUCAAAAGAGCAAAGAAGCUAUUAGAAUUUGGUUUAGUACUGCUGAAGCUAUUGAAAUAGUAAUGGGAGUGUUAGUAAAUUUGUUUGAAAAGGAAAGUGAAGAAGAUGUAUUUGAAGAUGAAGAAAUGAAUAGCGAUUGCGAUGAUGAAGUAGAAGAGCAAAAAAUAAGUAAUGCAAACACUGUCUAAAUUAAGGAAAACGGCAAAUUUGUUGAGAAUCAAGUGAAGUCAUUUAUGAUCAGCUAGUUAUUGAAACCUAUUUUCCUUGAAAUGGUUGUCGAAAAAAGUUUAAUUGUAAGCAAAGAUGUAAUUAAUUUCUUUGAUCAAUAUGGACAAUCUGGAUAAAGCAUACUUGCUUAAAUUAAUACUAUAAUUAACUUUAGUUUGAGUAUUCUUACUAAUUGGAUUUACAAUUACAACACCUAUCUUAAUAAUGAAUGGAAUACCAUCGUACUUCCUUAGGUUUGGGAAGAUUUAAAACGCAAGUUAACCACCCUUUAAAACACUACUCAUUUAAAUUAAAUUAUUGUUGUAAACUUAAAACUCUUCUUCUAAAUUAUUAAAUAAAAUCAAGAUCUCUCUGCUUAAAUAAAUUGCUCUGAAAUUUUAUCUAUUUCUAAAGAUGUAUUUAGUGUUGAAUGUUAAGAAUUGACCUUAGUUUACCUUGACCUUAUUGCUUACCGUUUCCACCCUAAGUUUAAAAUUUCAUAAGAAGAAAACAGCAAUUCAUGUCUAGUUUUAAAAGAUUUAUUGAAUUCAGAAGAUCCUAUGAUAGCUUCCUAGGCUUUAAAUACUUUAUUUGAUGUCUAUUCUGAAGAAGACUACGAUAAUGUUUUUGUAUAACACAAUAUGUUAUAAAUACUUAUUGCUGGUAAAGACAUAUUCUAAUCUAAAAUCAAUGAAUUCAAAUAGAAUUUAAAUAAAAGUGAUUAUGAUUUCAUUAAAGAAACAUUAGUUAACCUUAAAAGAUUUAUUAAAUAUAAACAACAACACAUUAAAUGA